GCCACCAUGGCUCUCAGCGCGGCGCUCGGCCGGGGCGACCGGGGCUCGGGCAACAAGGAUCUGGAAUCCGUCGACACCUACAUACAGAACGCACUCUCUGCCCUCUACCCACCUUUUGAGGCCACGGCAGCCACGGUGCUGUGGCAGCUGUUCAGUGUGGCCGAGAAGCUCUACGGCGGGGACGGGCUGCGCUGCCUCAUGGACUUCCUCAUCCCAGCCAAGAGGGCCCUGCACCACCUGCAGCGGGAGGCCUGCGCCAGGUACGCAGGCCUCCUCUUCCUGCACGAAGGGUGGCCGCUGUGCAUCCACGAGAAGGUGGUGGUGCAGCUGGCGCCCCUGCGCGGAGUCAGGCUCAGGCCCGGGGACUUCUACCUGCAGAUCACCGUGGCGGCGGGGCGGCAGCCCGCCAGACUGGUCCUCAAACGCCUCUCCCGGCUUGGACGAGGCUCCGAGGAAGUCACUGUCCCUGAGACCAUGUACGGCUGCGUCUUCACGGGACAGUUCCUGGAACUGGUGAACGGGGGGCAGAACAGUGUCCCCUUGCAAAACUGCUUGCUGACCUCGGGCUCGGCGGUCUACCGCACGCCCUGGAACAACGUCACAGACCCUGUCUUUGUCCCCACCACCGGAACCGACCUGCCCAGCCGCCCCAGCGGUCCUGGGCCGCAGCAGCCGCCCCCCGGCAGCGCCUCGGAGCCUCCAGCCCUGGCACCCACCGUGGCCAGCCCCGCUCCCCAGGGAGGCACGCCGUCCAAGCACAGCCCCUCCCCGCCCCACUGCGGUGGGCAUCCCAGCAGGGACCAGCCCCGCCGUCCUCCGUCCCCAAGAAGGGCUGAGUGCGAGAGCCCCGGGACCCUGUCCGGGAGUCGCAGUGGAGGCCUCACGGGGCUUGGCCCCUCAGAGCAGGGCCCCUGGGAGUGUCCUGGGAGCCCUGAAGGACCAGGAGGGAGGCUGGACCCCAUGGACAAGAAGGACGGCUCCAAGGCCCUCGCCGUCCACGCAGAGGGGGGCAGCCCGAGCGCCAGGAGGCGGCCGCCCAGGGCCCCCGCCAGUGUGGAGGCCAGACGCUGGUUCAGGAAGUCCUACAUGGAGGCCCUGCAGAACCCUAUGCCCCUGGGCUCCAGCUCUGAGGAGUCCAUCGGGGACGAGGCCUGCGGCUCCCAGAGCCACGGCCGCGGGGCCAGGGGGGCCAGGGCAGCGGCCGCUCUUACCCAGAAAGAGAUCCCUGGCCCUGCGGGAGGCCCCCGGGAGACCCCGAGUCAAGAGGGUGGCCCAGGAGCUGCAGGGAGGACCCUUCCCAGGAGGUCUCGAUCCUGGGAUAGGUCCCUCAGAAGCUCCCGAGGUGACACGCGGCGGGCCUCCCAGCACUUAGCCAGCACCAGGCCCGGGGGUCUCCUGGGAGGACAAGCUGUGGGGACCAGAACCACAGGCUCCAGCUGUCCAGGCACGGUGGAGGGUCCCAGCUGCACAGGAGAGGAAGCUGAUGUCUAUGCAGAGGGCAGCAGCUUCCGAGGAAGCAGCCCCAUCCGGCGUUCAGACCUGCUCGCCGAGCCGCUGUGCCCCGAGGGCGAAGGGUGGACACCCGGCACAGGAGAGCUGCGCAGCCGGGCGCCCAGGCAGGAGCUACUGCACUCCGGGGUGGUCACCCUCCCAGGGACCCGAGACCGUCAGGGAAGAGCAGUGGUGCAGGUCUGUACAAGGGGCCCACUCUGGUCCAGCGAACACACGUCCAGUGCUGAGCUAACCCGUCUGCUGAAGUACCUCCACACCAUCCCCAGGAAGGAGGUGCGGGAGCUGGGGCUGGUCAUCCUGGUGGACGCGCGCAAGAGCCUGGCCGCCCCCGCCCUCUGCCAGGCCCUGGCAGCCCUGCAGAACACAUCUCCUCCCUUAAUUCAUAGUAUUUUGCUGCUGGUGGAUCAAGAAUCAGCAUUUAGGCCUGACAAGGAUGCAACAAUUCAGUGUGAGCUGGUGGGUUCCCUGAAGGCGCUGCACAAACUUGUCGACAGCUCCCAGCUGACCGCAGACCUCGAGGGCUCCUUUCCAUACAGCCACAGUGCCUGGAUCCGCUUCCGUCGGAAGCUGGAGCCCUUCACUUCAAACUGCGAGGAAGCCAUUGUUUUCCUACAAAAUUCAGUCCACUCCCUGAAUACCCACAGGACCCCAAGCACAGCACAGGAGGUCGCAGAGUUGAUCAGCAAGCACAGGGCGAUGAUGGAGCACGUCCGGGAAGAUGCGCGGCUCGUGGCCCUCCGGCUGGAAGGCGGCACCGUGCUGGCACGGCUGAGGAGGGAGCAGCACGGCGCCGGCCAAGACUACCGGGACACCAUCGAGGCUGCCUGCAGGCUGUACAACCAAGUGGACGAAGAGGUCCACAGGCUGGUCCUCGCCUCCAACAGGUGUCUGCAGGAGCUGGAGAGUCUGCAGGCCCUGAAGAAGCUCCAGGCGAGGACACCAGUCAGGGCUCCAGGGGGGAGGCGACCAGAGAGCACCCCGGCCCUGCGGGGUGGACGGGGCGUGCACGGGGGCCCCGCCUCUCCACAGCUUCCAGUCCCCCUCACCUCCUCCUCAGCUUCGCCAGCUGCUCGGGACGCCCAGGGCCCCGCAGCGUCCCUCCUUCCCAGCCUGUCUGUUGUCCGCAUCCUUUAUACCUUGAAAGAGGACACACGCAGGGACACCCAGGGCACUGCUGGGGCUUGUUCUGAUCGUUUGCUCCUUGGGCCGCAGCAAUUUCGUCCGAAAGGGCUGCGGCUGAUGGAAGAGGACUUGCGAGGCGCAGAGGAAGGGACCCAGGACUUCAGAAGGAGUCUGAGCGCCAAGGCCAGCCUGGCUGAGCGGAGGGAGGGCGAGCUGGCCAGGCAGGCCCGCGGGGCCGAGUUCUGCGAGACGGUAAGAGCCCCGGCCCGGUCCCUCCCAGGGUGUGCACGCGUCGCCCGGUCCUCCGCCGCGAGGUGGGCGCCCCCCGCGGGCUCUCCUCAGUGCCCGGGGCGCCCGGACCCAGAGCUGGUCGCCGAGGAGCCGAAGCGCUGUCGCCGGGAGGGCCUGCAGAGCUUCCCCAGGGCGAGCGUGGUGGCGGUGGGCCCCGGCGGCCAGUGGGCGCUGCCACGGGGCCAAACCUUGUGGCUGCAGAGCCGGCAGAGCCGGGGCCACUGGCGAGAGGCCCUGGGAGAGGCAGCCCCGGGCCCCGGCAGCCUGCCUCUGGGCUGGGGCCCCCUGAAGCACGAGCCUGCCCAGGGACCCGAGGGGCAGCCCCUUGAGCCUGCCUGGACCCCGAGGGCCGAGCUGCGGAGUGGGCCCGACUGCUGCCCGGCCUCGCCGACCGAGCUGCUGUGUGAACAAAGCUCCGCGAUUCCUCAGCUUGACCGUGGCCCCAGCGACUCCCUCCGGCUGGGCCACACUGGGGUCUUUAUCAGAGGCCCGGAGGUGGCCGGCACCGCCGCGGCCUCAGAGAAGCAGCCCCCGCUGAGGCCACGUGCCGAGAGCCCUCGGCUCCCUCGGAACCGUCUGUCCUCUCCCUCCAGGAUCCACCCCUCCGAGGAGGAUGGGGGGGGGCGUGCUGGAAGCAGCCGGCCGCAGCACGUGAUGGCCGAGACCGUCUCCACGGAGAGGCAGUGCGUUAGGUCCUUAGGCUAUGUCAUUGACAGGUAUUUUCCAGAAAUGGAAAGGACGGACCCGCCCCAAGACCCCCGAGGGAAGCGCAGUGUCAUUUUCGGGAACCGGGAGAUGCUCUACGCCUUCCACCGCGGGCACUUCCUCCCGGGGCUGGAGCGCUGCCGGCACCGCCCCUGGGCCGUGGGCUACGCGUUCCUGAGAUACCAGCGCGGCACGCAUGCGCUCUGCAGCAAGAACAAGCGGGCGGACGCCCUGCUCCGCAGCCACGGCAACGCCUUCUUUGCAGGAAAAGCAGCGGAGCUGGGCCGCAAGGUGGACCUGGCCUCCUACCUGCUGAAGCGCGUGCAGCGCGCGGGCAUCGCACUGCCGCCGCGGGCCCUGGUCAAGGAGGCCGGCGGCUGCCCCGCCCGGGAGCUGGGGGACCUGGGGGCCGCCGAGGACCUGGUGCGCUUCCAGCUGCGCCGCGGCCACAACCUGCUGGCCCUGGACGCCGUCCGCGGCUGCGACGUGGAUCCGAAGGAACAGGAGCGGCUGCGAUGCCAGGACGAGUUCCUCAUUUGCUGCAGAAGGAAGAUGCACCUGGGGCGCUUGUUCCUAUUUGAAGACCUCAUCCUGUUCAGCGAGACCCAGGUGGGCGGAGGCCAGGACGUGUACGCGCACGGGCAGUCCUUCAAGAUGGCAGAGAUCGGGGAGACGGAGAACGUCGGGGACAGUGGCUUGAGGUUUGAGAUCUCGUUCCGCAGGCGGCGGCAGGCUCUGCGGAGCCGAGGGGGGCAGAGCGGCGGGAGGGCGCUUGGCGUGCGGGGCCCGCUCGGGCUGGGCCCGGCCUGGGCUCAGAGCUCGCGGUCGGUCCGAGGGGCCCCUUCUCCCCCAACUGUAAUCGCCAUCCUCUUUCUCUUUGCUUGGUUGACCGAGAAUUCAUUCGUGCUCAGGCUCUCACCCUGUGCUUGGAUCCCCUCUCAGUUUCAAGCUUGUGCGGAUACCUGUCAGUUUGUCUUUCCUGGAGCCGUGCCCUGCCUGGAGGCCUCUGUCCCACUCCAAGGUGGAUGUCCCUUCAUCCGCAGACGGAGACACGCCCUCCCCGAACUCAGGACACAGGAGAUGGUGUCCACGGGGAUAGGCAGCAAGCCGUUCGUGGACGUCAUCAAGCCCAGCAACGCAGCCGUAAGCGACCAGGCUGCCAGUUACACCGGGAAGGGAACAGGUUGCCGCGCCUCUACAGCAGAGGCCAAAAGACUUGCUUUCUGUCCCCGCCCAGAGGCACGGACCCGAGCGUCCAGAGCUGUGCCCUCCUGUGACCACACCGCCCCCGCCAAGAGACCGCACUCCACCCUCUCAGACAGCACCUGUCCUCCUCCGCCCUGGGGCCACUGCCCCUGCACGUGCCCACAAGCCCCGCCCGCUGCCCCUGUGCUACGGCGCCCACACCUGCGCGGAGGAGGACGGGCUGGGUCAGGCGCGGGUGGCCAGCCUUCCCUGCGUGAGUGCGUGAGUGCGUGA